AAAUAAGAAGGGGCGGGGGGAAAAAAACCCCACACAAAGUACCCGGAUGAGAUGCUAAGCUCUGAUUCGUUCAGCCAAAUCCCGUGUGACUUUGGUGGAUGUGUGGUUUACUGAAGUGGAUUAUCAAAACAAAAUGACAUCUUUUAUGUUCCGGAAAGUAUUGAAAAAUACAAAUACGCUCUGAGAAAAAACGAAAUAAAGCAAAACAGGCGUCAAGUUAACGGUCGAGCUCGGUGAUGACGCCACACUCAGGUCGGCUCUCUAUUGGCUGAAGCCUUUGUUUAUUUUUUUCCAACAUUGACUAGUUUGGUUUCACUCGCAACCUGUCAAACCUAAAGACGGACCGCGAUGAGAAGAUAAAACCGGUUUAAAGACUUCAUGGAGGAAAAAAAAGUACAUCCUGAAAAAUCAAGGUGUUGGAACGUCAAAGUCCAGAACUCAGCCUCUUCAAGAUGCUGUGGUGGGAUUUUAACAGAGCUGAGCAUUAACAAAUGCGCUCAAACAUUAACGAACUGAAGCAAUUUUGUCAAGAAGAAUUCUCCAAAAUGAUCUAACAAUUUAUUGCUGUUCUCUCGAAAACAAGGCUGCUUUGUGCUUGGGAGCACUGGUAUGAUUCGUUGUGAAGCUUGCUCAAGGAAAACAUCUGAAAAAUCCAAUCCAGAUCAUCCAGUUUGCUUGGCUCAGCUUCUUCACCUGCAUCCACAAGUACUCAUUUCUCAAGCAACCUCACAGACUGCAGGUUGUUCAGACUGGGCAAAGCCGUACCCGUGGCCUGUGCCCCUGUAACGCCCCAGCGGCGGCCCACGCUGAGUGUUGGCGUGCGAUGGCGCGGCGGGACUCUGAUAGUUGCCGCUGUGGACUGUGAUGUCAGAGCCCAGCAGCCCGGGUGAGAGCCAGCGUGGCGCUCCCAAAUUCUUCGUGGGCUGCGACGAGGAUGAGAGCGAGGGCCUGGACGGCUACGGCAGCAUGACGACAGACAUGGAGCUGUACGAGGAUGACCUGGAGGCUGACUCGCCUCCGGAGCGUCAGAUCGUGGUAGGGAUCUGCUGUAUGAUGAAGAAGUCCAAGUCUAAGCCCAUGACGCAGAUACUGGAGCGUCUGUGCAAGUUUGAGUACAUCACUGUGGUCAUCUUCCCUGAGGACGUCAUACUCAACGAGCCGGUGGAGAAAUGGCCCCUCUGUGAUUGCCUCAUCUCUUUUCACUCAAAAGGUUUCCCUUUGGAUAAGGCUGUGAGUUACGCCAAACUCCGUAACCCACUGCUGAUCAACGACCUUAAUAUGCAGUACUACAUACAGGACAGGAGGGAGGUGUAUCGCAUCCUGCAGGAGGAGGGAAUCGACCUACCGCGCUACGCUGUGCUGAACAGGGACCCAGACAAACCUGAUGAGUGUAACUUGGUUGAGGGGGAGGACCAUGUGGAGGUGAACGGCGAGAUCUUCCCCAAACCCUUUGUAGAGAAGCCAGUCUCAGCAGAAGAUCACAAUGUGUAUAUCUACUAUCCGACCUCAGCUGGUGGAGGCAGCCAGCGCCUCUUCAGGAAGAUUGGGAGCCGGAGCAGUGUCUAUUCUCCUGAGAGCAGCGUCAGAAAGACUGGUUCCUACAUCUAUGAAGAGUUCAUGCCUACAGAUGGCACAGAUGUGAAGGUGUACACAGUAGGGCCUGAUUAUGCUCAUGCUGAGGCUCGUAAGUCUCCUGCCCUGGAUGGCAAAGUUGAACGAGACAGUGAGGGAAAAGAAAUACGCUACCCUGUUAUGCUCACUGCUAUGGAAAAACUGGUGGCUCGCAAAGUGUGCCUGGCUUUCAAGCAAACAGUGUGUGGGUUUGACCUCCUCCGGGCCAACGGACACUCGUAUGUGUGUGACGUCAAUGGCUUCAGCUUUGUGAAGAACUCUAUGAAAUAUUACGACGAUUGUGCCAAGAUACUUGGGAACAUUGUGAUGAGGGAGCUGGCUCCCCAGUUCCAUAUUCCCUGGUCUAUUCCCACCGAGGCAGAGGACAUUCCCAUAGUCCCUACAACAUCUGGCACCAUGAUGGAGCUGCGUUGCGUGAUCGCAGUGAUCCGCCAUGGAGAUCGAACACCAAAACAGAAGAUGAAAAUGGAAGUCAGAAAUCCCAUGUUCUUUGAACUGUUUGAAAAGUACGGAGGUUACAAAACCGGCAAACUGAAGCUAAAGAAACCCAAACAGCUGCAGGAAGUGCUGGAUAUUAGCAGGCUGCUGUUAGCAGAUCUGGGGCAGUACAGCGACUGUGAGAUCGAAGAGAAGAAGUCAAAACUGGAGCAGCUUAAGACUGUUCUGGAAAUGUAUGGCCAUUUCUCUGGGAUAAACAGGAAAGUUCAGCUGACUUACCUUCCCCACUGGCAGCCUAAGACUUCUAGUGAGGAAGAAGCAGACACACGUAAUGAAUGUCCGUCCUUGCUGCUGGUGUUAAAGUGGGGAGGUGAGUUAACGCCAGCAGGCCGCGUGCAGGCAGAGGAGCUAGGUCGAGCCUUCCGCUGCAUGUACCCUGGAGGACAAGGGGAUUAUGCUGGCUUUCCUGGCUGUGGCCUACUUCGGCUCCACAGCACCUAUCGCCACGACCUCAAGAUCUACGCCUCCGAUGAAGGCAGGGUGCAGAUGACUGCAGCUGCCUUUGCAAAGGGGUUGUUGGCGCUGGAGGGCGAGCUGACCCCCAUUCUGGUGCAGAUGGUGAAGAGUGCGAACAUGAACGGCCUGCUGGAUAAUGACCUCGACUCACUGAGCGGCUGUCAGCACCGUGUCAAAGCCAGGCUUCAUGAGAUCAUGCAGAAAGAUGACGACUUCACCGAGGAAGAUUUUGACAAGCUGGCUCCAACAGGCAGUCCCUCUAUGGUGAGCUCUAUGAAAGCCGUUCAAAAUCCAGUGAAAACAUGCGACAAAGUGUACAGCCUCAUCCAGGGCCUCAUUUGCCAAAUCCAAAAGAGACUUGAGGAUCCCAAAUCUGCAGAUCUACAGUUGUACCACAGUGAGACUUUGGAGAUGAUGCUCCAGCGCUGGUCUAAACUGGAGAGGGACUUCUACAUGAAGAACGGACGCUACGACAUCAGCAAGAUUCCAGACAUCUAUGACUGUGUGAAGUAUGAUGUUCAGCACAACAGUUCCCUGGGCCUAGAGGACACUGUGGAACUGUUCACCCUGUCACGAGCGCUGGCAGACAUCGUCAUACCACAGGAAUAUGGCAUUAAUAAGAUGGAGAAGUUAGAGAUCGCAUAUGGCUACUGUCUGCCUCUGAUCAAGAAGAUCCAGCUGGACCUGCAGAGGACUCACGAGGACGAGUCGGUCAACAAGCUCCAUCCGCUGUAUUCCCGUGGUGUGCUGUCACCAGGCAGGCAUGUACGGACACGACUGUAUUUCACCAGCGAGAGUCACGUCCACUCGCUGCUUAGCAUCUUCCGCUACGGAGGGCUGCUGGAUGAGGACAAUGACCAGCAGUGGAAGAGGGCCAUGGACUAUCUAAGUGCCGUGCCUGAGCUCAACUAUAUGACCCAGAUAGUUAUCAUGCUGUAUGAGGACAACAACAAGGACCCCUCCUCAGAAGAGCGCUUUCAUGUUGAGCUGCAUUUCAGCCCCGGGGUUAAAGUGUGUGAAGAGGAGAAUGCACCAAUGGGCUUCGGUUUCCGUCCUGCUUCUUCAGAGAAUGACCAGAAGCAGACAGAUCCUGGAAGUUUGGAGAACCUCGUGAGGGAUGAACCAGAUCGAGCGUUACCCCUGUCUGAAUCAGUAGGCACUCAGCGUAGGUCCCCUCUGACUCGAAACCGCAAGACUAGCUCCAUGGAGGUCCUGUCAGAGACUUCGUCCUCUAAAGCAGCCAGCUAUCGUCUUUUCUCUUCAUGCUCACGCCAGUCUCCAGAGAUGAAGCAGAGUGGAUUAGGCUCUCAGUGUGCAGGCCUCUUCAGCACAACUGUCCUUGGCGGGUCCUCUAGUGCCCCCAAUCUGCAGGAUUAUGCCCGCACACAUCGCAAAAAAUUCUCCUCGGGCAGUUUGACCUAUAAAGAUGAGUUGUUGUCUAUGCCGGCAGUAAAGCGAUUUUCUGUGUCGUUUGCAAAGCAUCCGACUAAUGAGCCGCUGGAGGAACAGCAGGUAGCCCAGCUGCUCCGGCGCUUCUCCACAGACCCAAAUAUCCGCAACUCGCUCUUUCUGGACAGCACUCUGGCCCACCACCUCCAUCAGUGCUACUACCACCUGCGCCUCUUCCGAAACUGGCUAAUCUCCGGCCAGGACCCUUUAGAGUACCUAUACGGAUUUGAAGGCUGCGCUAUGGUGCCCUCUAUCUACCCGCUGGAGACGCUGCACAACUCGCUCUCACUCAAACAGGUGGACAAGUUCCUGACAGCAGUGUGUGAGAACGCAGAGGACUCGCACAGCAGAACCACUAGAGCUCUCUCAGCUAUGUUUGACUCUCAGAACCAGCCCUCGGUAGACUCGUAUAUUCCUCAGAGAGUGCUGUCCUCGUCUGCGUCUCUACGGCAACGCUCCGAGCGUCCUCCCUGGUAUAGCAGUGGUCCGUCCAGCACUGUGUCCAGUGCCGGUCCCUCGUCUCCCAUCACGGCGGACACCUCUCCUCGUUUCAGCUUCAGUGAGAAAGCAGCUCUUACACCUCAGAGCAGUGAGGAGAUCCACUCGUCCUCCCAGGUUGCCAGCCAGCCUGCUCUUCCGUCCUCUUCUCUUCCUGAAAGCCCACCUUCUGACCCAAGCUUUGUCAAUGACCUCCAGCCCCAAAGUCCAGACAGACCCAGUGACCUCACCAUGGACAGCACAGCUGCUACAGACUCUCCUCCGCUUCUAGAUGGCCCGGGGUGUGAACGGGCUGGAGAGGCUCAGAGUACCACUGAAGCUGAAAUGGAAACCAGUCCUCUCUGCUCUCCUCAAGUUGAACUCAGCUUGGCCAUGGAGUCCUUCUCUAAACUGCCUGGAUCUGUGCCUGUGUCUGUGCCAGGUUCUUUGCCUGUGCUCCUGGAGCUGCGCGAGAGCAGUUCAGAGGCUGGUUCGAGUACCCAGACACCCCUGAGCCCUGACGAGCCUGAAGAGUUCUUCAACACCCAGGAGACAAUGGAGGUGGACAUGUGGAGGAGCAGCACACGGAGCCUCCCUCACCCGGGCACUCCUGUCGAGGUUGGCGCGUCGCAUGUGUCCGAGUCGUGAAGACGAUCGCCCUCUCCACGCACAGCUGCAUGCUAAUCCAUAUUAAUCCGUUCUGGUGCCUCAGUGACUUGGCGGUGUAGGUCUCUAAAAGCUGCCGGUCUGGAGGUAAAACAGUUGCCUGGUCAGACAUUGUGGAAGUAGAGGCUGCAUUUCCUGUUCGAGCCUCCUUCUGAAAAUCUGCAUGUCAUUUGUUUCAGUGUGAAGUCUUUGUGCUCCUCUGAGAAUUAACGAACCACGGAUUCCCUUAUUGGCUUGGUGUCGUAUUGAGAAUUUUACCUGCCUGUGACUGUCUGUUAAUGUGGCUGUAUGUGCAAUAUAAAUAGACGGUGACCAAGAGAACAGCUCUGUAAGGUGCACGGAAUCCAUGCUGUUUGGUUUUUUGAGCAUCUUUGCCAUUUCCGACAUUGGAUAUUGUUGUUAAAUUACAUCAGCAGUUAGUACUUUAUGGAUAAAUGUGUAUUGAUGCAGUUGGCUGCUAUUUUGCAUACAUUCGACAAGUCACAGUUUUAGUACAGAUUUACGUUUCUUGACUAAUACACAGCGUGAUCAAAGACACGAGACGGAAGUUGUAACCUACUGAUGAUUUUUAUUUAUUUCGGGAUUUUUUAUUUUUUUUUGCCAAAGCUUUCAAUACCAGUCAUAACUUAUUCAAUCGUAAGGAACUACAUAUCUUUGUACUAUACAUUUAUUUAUCAACUAAUGCAAAGCAUAUUUUUAAUAUAGAAACAUUAAUGAAUAAAUUGUCUCAUCUUUAAUCAAUUUUAUAUUUUUCUAAAAACAGUAUCACCACAGUUUUGACUAAAGAGUAAGGUCUUAUCACGACGAGUUCAGGUUUAUUUCCCUCUAGCUUUGCGGCUUUCAGCUCUUAAAUUUAAAAAAAAAAAAAAAAAAAAAGCUUAUUUUCUACCAUAGAAGCCUGUGCUCGCUUUUCUCAGCUGACGUUUUCGGUUUUAUUUUGUUGUUCUUACUUGUACAGUACAAAGCUUACCAAUGAAAUAAAAUAUUAUUUAAUGUCACUCAGUAAAUUUGCUGCUGCUCAGAUGUUUGCACUGUAAAAUGCGAUAUUGACUAUUGGACACAAUCAGACGAAUAGUCGACCAUAAAAGCAGGAAUCGUGAUAUUAAGUGCAUUUCUUAUUGAUUUGUAUCGUAAAAUGUCUGACUGAACUGUAUGUCUGUCUAAUACGACGAUUACACUAUUGUAUACAGAAACUGCAGAAGGGCAAAAUCAAGUGGGGGAAAAAGUUUAUUUGCUGUACUGACUUUUCACUGUAACAUCCAAGUAGUAAUUUCCACAGAUGUAAUGUAUCGUGACCCAAGGGAGAUUAUUUUGAAUGAAUGUUUAUUUGUUUAAUAAUCACUGACAUUAAAUAGUUUUAAUUACAUUUUAUUUGCGGAGAUGUAGUGCUGCUGGUGCUAUGUUUGCAGUCAGUGUAGUGUUUAUACGGUAGAAGUGGCAUUAUCAGUGUUCCAGUAGAAAUCACAAAUAAAGUUCUGAAUAAAAGUU